AUGACAAGUUUUAGAAUUUUUAAUAAUAAUUUACAUACACAAUCCGAAGAUUUCAUUAAUUUAUCAGAACCACCAAAACCAAAGGAUUCUCCUAUGCUAGGUUUUGAAAACGGUGUGUAUUACAAUACUGAUAAUGGUAAUACUAAUAACAUUACCUCUAGUAAUAACAACAAUACUGGAUUAUUUUGUGGACGUAAUCGGUUAUUAUUCCCAAGAAGAAGAUCCACUAAUUAUAUGGAUGCAUUGACAUUGCAAGAAAAACAAAAGAAUAAACAUAAAUUGUUUAGUAAGAAUCGCAAUAAUAGUGAUAAUAACUUCCAUAAUUGUAGAGGUGAACCAACCUCUAAGAGAAGUCAAAGAAGAAAAUCAUUAUUAUCGGGAAUGGAUUUCCAAGAUACGAGACAUGAUAUUCAAAACUCAAACGUUUCUUCAGAUAAUAAUUCAAUCAAUGAAUAUACUUUACAACAUCAUGAUAUGGGAGAUUAUUUUCAAAGACCAAAAUCUCCUGAAUAUUCACCAAAACCAAAUCACUCCUUGUUUAAGAAACAAUAUAGAACAGAUGGAAUCACAGCUGGCACUGAGGACAAUAGUUUCACUCAGGAGGAUAGUGAAUCUGAGAAUGAAAGUAUACCUUCAAGAAGAUCGUUAAGUAGAGGAAGAAAAUUGAGUUUUGAAUACGAAGAUUUUAAGAAAGAUAUUUAUAAUAAAUUAAAUUUCUUCGAUAAAAAUUAA